UGGAACACCAACAUCCUCACAACGGAUUUCAUAUCACCACAGACAACAAAAGGCAUGUAUCCUAACCUGAUCGAGAUCCUGAAUCAAGAAGUCGAUCCCGAUGAUAAGACGCCUAGCUAUUACAGAAUCCUCUGGAAACAACAGCACAUCAAAUACAUCACUAUCGAUCCAGGAAUCUACGAAGUCGACGAUCUAUGCUUUCCACCAGACCUGGUAGGAAAGCUGCCUCCAUUCCCAGAAGGUGAUUGGAACCAUGGCCGCAUCUCGAAAAUAGGGGAAGAUCCAAACCCAUUUUUCUCGGAGAUUUUCAAGAAAAAUCUUCCUUCAAUCAGUCCACUAUGGCACCCGAGAUCCUACGAUUACCUUUCUCUUCACAUUGGAGAGCGACUUCGCUCAAACGUCUACAUGGAAUCUUCGCCACAGUUUGAAAAGCCAGUGGUUGCCAAAUUUGCAAGAUUUCACUGGGAGAUCGAAUAUUACGUCGCUGAGACACGAGCAUAUUCAUGGAUAGAGGGCCAUCAAAUCGGCCCGGAGUUCUUGGGAUACGUGACUGAAGCUGGUCGGGUCAUCGGGUUCCUUCUCGAGUAUAUCGAAGGCCGUCACGCUACCAUUUCGGAUCUCCCCGCUUGCAAAACUAUUGUUGGGCAGCUGCAUGACUUGGGUAUACUGCAUGGGGAUUUGAAUAAGCAUAACUUCUUGAUCUCAGAAAAGGGUGUUGUCAUGAUUGAUUUUGAGACGGCUAAGAAGUCGGAGGAUAUCCAGGUUAUGGAAAAGGAGCUGGUGGGGCUGGAAGAUCAACUGCUAGACGAGACUGGAAAUGGAGGGGUGGUCGAGGAGAAGGAGGAUACUCCCAGAAGCUAGACCAAUCAAACUUGACAAGAUUAAGUUUAUUUGUGAAGCACAGAAUUAUGUCAAAGAUAUAUAUAAAAUCUACA